AUGGCAGAUUCCGACAUUGCGAGACUUCGUACAACUUUGCAAUCCCUUGGAGAGCCAUCAACUUCAAUGGAACGAGUGUUUUCACCGACAGCGGACGAUACCUCUGAUGGACUAAGUGCUGAAGAAGACAUGGAGUGGAAGAAGGCCUCUCGGUUGAAGCGAAUUGAAGUUCGGAAAUCGUACGCAAAAUUGUCUCCUAGUGAUCUGGCUCUUCUUAAACAUGAUGGUGUAAAAUUACCUUCGAAGGGAAAGCGUGCAAAAGACACUGCAGCCAUCGAUGACAGAGACAAGGCAGAGAAAAAGGAUUAUGAAAUAUCGACUGAUGUCCGGAACGUUCUGGAAGAUCUCAUGGGUACAACCUGUAACAGCGCCACGGAAAUAACUGAACAGUGGAAUCUGAGUGAUGUUCCGCCUGUAGCGUCUCCACAGAAUGAACAGGAAUCGGCGACAUUACAAGUUGAGAUGGAUUUGCGUAAAAAGGCCAAGGAUGAAGAAGAAACGAUGGGAGUGACUGAAUAUCUCAUACCACAAUCAAAUAAGGCAAAGCUGGAGAGUGAAGUGCUGGACGAAGCUGCUGCUAGACAAACACAGGAAGAACUUCAGCCAGCUUCUUCCCCACUACCGGAAUCUGUAUCCGAUACGAAAGUCGUUGAGGAGUUUGUGUCGCUUGAUUCAGGAUUUGUAGCUGCAGAAAGCCUAUCUGAAGCGAAUAACUUCAAUGUGGAACAUGUUUUUGUUCAUAAAGAAGUGGAGAAAUGUUCGCUGACCGUCAUGGCACCUCCUCGUAAAAAGCGAAAGCGACAGAAGUCUGGUCAGGAGUUUACUGUAGACUACAAUACAAGUGUUGUCACUGAAAGCGGCAAGAUUGUUGAGUACCUCCGCAAUGAAGACACCUAUGACAGUGGAUUUUCUGAAGCAACGUUUUUGGAGCAGUGCUAUGUACAGUCACCAGAUUUGUUCGGUAUUGGAGAUAGUCUUCGCAAAAGGAAGCGCAAAGAAGGGGUUUCGAAGUUGGAUAGGCAACAUACCAUGGAAAAAGCCAGUAGGGAAACAACGAGCGAACUUGCGCUCGUUCCUGCUGGGGACAUCCCAUCGCGCAAAUACACAUUUCUUCAAAGUGAUGUCAAAACUGUGCUGGAUCGUUUGUGGAGAAGAGAAGAACCGAAUAUAUGUCAGGGACGGUUUGGAGCAUUGGUGGAGUUGUGUAGAAGCAAAGUCAUGGAUUUGAAUAUCGGAAUGAUACGCAUCGACCAAGGCUUUUUGGCUGCAGAGACUGUCGCUAUUGUCGCAUCACGACCCCGUAGCCAUCUCAUUUCUGACUUCAAGCUGACGAUGAUAAAGCCUGUGAAUCCAGUCGUAAGAUGUGAAGCUGAUAUGGGUCCACUAAUGGCUUCAUUGCAUCCAGUUUCACCUCUUCGUUUGUCACUUCCUCGGGUUGAAGGCAGUUUAGAAAAUGCGUUUUCGCAAUAUGACAAGGGUGUCGUGUGUAUAUUGGAGCAAGUCAGUGGAGCAAGAACGAUCAUUGAGAACAUCCGGUCCACGACACAUUGGUCGCUUCAUUUCUUGAUGGAUGCACAAUUAUUCGUAUUGGAUGUCCUUUAUGAGUUGUGGGAAUACACUGCAAGAUCCGUGCAAUUGGCCGUAUUCAAUGCGUAUCAGUGCUCACUUUGGGAAAAACAUCAUCAAAUUUUCGAUGCUCGUAUGUAUUGCCUUCUCUUCGAAAUGAAUGCGGCAGCGGCUCUUUCGUCUAAAAUAGAGACUUGCUGCUCUUAUAUCAGGCGAUUUGAAGAAUGGAAUAGGAAAACAAACAAUCUCUCUUCGGUGUACAAUCAUGUGUACGGGCUGGCACUGUCAAUGAUUAGACUUAUCGCCAUUCCGAACGCAUUGAAACGUGUACAAGCGAUGACACAAUUGAAUUCAAAAACGUCUCAUUAG